AAAGUAUUCUAGAAGGCCUGUUUGGACCUGGAUUAUUAAAAGAUCUCAGUUUGUUUAAAGACUGUGAGCCUGAAGGUGUUUCUGAUUGGUCUUUUGAUGAAAAUUGUCUUUUCUGCUGCCUCAGAAGAGAAAAAGUGAAGGAACACUUAGUCAGUCUGGAUGAGCCAGCCUCGGAAGCUGGACAAGAAGCUCUGCUUAGACAAGAGCAAGCAAAAAUCAUUCGGUUUGAGAGGCAAGCGGAAGAGUUCCUCAAUGCAGUCUUUUACAGAAAAGACAGUCCUAGGGUCUCUGACCCCAAUAUUCCCCUAGUGGCCCGUGAGAUCAUGCAGCGAAUGAUCCGACAGUUUGCUGCUGAAUAUACCUCAAAAAAUAGCUCUACUCAGGACUCCAGCCAGCCCAAUAGCACAAAGAACCAAAGCCUGCUGAAAGCAUCUCUGGUCGCCUCCUCUCCCACGGCUGCAACUGCUCAGAACCCUGUGCUCAGCAAACUUCUCAUGGCUGACCAAGACUCACCUCUGGACCUUACUGUCAGAAAGUCUCAGUCAGAACCUAGUGAACAAGACGGAGUGCUUGAUUUAUCCACUAAGAAGAGUCCUUGUGCCGGCAGCACCUCUCUGAGUCAUUCUCCAGGGUGCUCCAGUACUCCAGGGAAUGGGCGACCUGGGAGACCCAGCCAGCACCAUCCGGAGGGACUACAGAGUGGUGAUGGGGGACCUCCGAGAAGCUUGCAGGAUGGAACCAGGGAAGGUUAUGGCCACUCCACAUCUCUUAAAGUUCCACUGGCUCGAUCACUCCAGAUUAGUGAAGAACUGCUGAGCAGAAACCAGUUUUCUACGGCUGCCAGCCAUGGGCCAUCUGGACUACAGAAUCAUGGACAGCACUUAAUAUUAUCCAGGGAGGCUUCUUGGGCAAAACCACACUACGAAUUCAAUUUCAGCCGCAUGAAAUUCAGGGGAAAUGGUGCACUCAGCAACAUCAGUGACCUUCCUUUUCUUACAGAAAACUCUGCCUUUCAAAAAAUGGCACUUCAAACUAAACAGGAUGGGAAAAAGGACGUGAGCCAUUCGUCUCCUGUGGAUUUAAAGAUACCACAAGUUCGAGGCAUGGACCUUUCAUGGGAGUCCCGCACUGGUGACCAGUACAGCUAUAGCUCUUUGGUAAUGGGUUCACAAACGGAGAGCGCGCUUAGCAAAAAGUUAAGGGCUAUCCUUCCAAAACAAAACAGGAGAAGCUUGCUGGAUGCUGGACCAGAUUCCUGGGGCUCAGAUGCUGAGCAGUCUACCUCUGGACAGCCAUAUCCCACCUCAGAUCAAGAGGGAGAUCCUGGCUCCAAGCAACCUAGGAAGAAAAGAGGGAGAUACAGACAGUACAACAGCGAGAUACUGGAGGAAGCAAUCUCUGUGGUUAUGAGCGGGAAAAUGAGUGUUUCCAAAGCUCAGAGUAUUUAUGGGAUCCCCCACAGUACACUGGAGUACAAAGUUAAAGAGAGGCUGGGCACUUUGAAAAACCCUCCAAAGAAAAAAAUGAAAUUAAUGAGGUCGGAGGGGCAGGAUGUUUCAGUAAAGAUUGAAUUAGAUCCCCAGGGAGAAGCAGCACAAAGUGCAAAUGAAUUGAAAGAUGAGUAGGGAUGUUGUAGAGUGCCAAUUACUUUGCAAACUGGGUGAGCACUACUGCAUAGUUCAACCACCAUUGAGCACACCUGAUUCCUCUUUUUACUGCAACACUCUUUCCUUUGCAGUUUAGCAUAGACUUGUGUGGACACAGGUGAAAGGUGUGCUCUGAAUGUCACACUUGUAAAUUUUUCUAGCCUGCUAUGGCACAGUUCCCCCUCCUUCACCUGUCCACCAACCCCCCU